AUGGAACAAAUGAUGGAACAUCUGGUAGCCGUCAUAGAAAAGAUGGACGCAAAGAUAGAAGCUAACAAAGAAAAGAUAGAAACCAACCAAGAAAAGGUCAUUGCCAAGUUAGAUGCCCAUCAUGAAAGUAUGAUGGCUAGGUUGGGCUCCCAGCUAGAGAAAAUGGAGGCCACGGUGGAUGUCUUCAAAGAAAGGUUGAACAAAAUGGACACCACAGAUUUGGAGGCUGUAGCAGAGCAGCAGGAUGCCCCUAAGGAAGAGGCUAUGGUGGAAACUAUCAGAGUAUUGGUGGAGCAAUAUGGGGACCAGCAUCUAGCCAAUAGGAUGCUGCCAGCAGCUGAAUAA